UGACAACAGGACUGCCAUUGGCUGGACUGCGUGAUGAAUUAUGAAUAAACAGCAUCGUGGUUCAGCAUCAUCUUUCUGCUCAGGUGUCUUAAACAUGUUUUCACAUCACAUUUUAUUGAUUGGACGUGCGAUGCAAAUCCUGUUGCAAUGUGGAUGAAGGCAUAAGUGAACAGAGAGGGAGAGAGAUCCAGCGUUUGACAACAAUCUACGUCACGAUACUGGAUAAUAACAGUAGAUGGAUAAUAUGAAUGUGUCGCAUGCGCUGGUGUCGUGUGAAUUGCAUCUGAAGCGUGUGGCUGAUAUGGCAGAAAUAUGAAGGAUGCUUUGAGCAGCUGUCAACACUGUUAUCCCACACUGCACUGCUUACAGCAUGGACUCCAACAGUGAUGGAAAAGAGGAAUGGUCAGAGGAGCAGUGGGAGAAAUGGCUGACACAUGACAUAGGUUUGGAUGAAUUUGAAGAUGCAGAUUUGUCUGAAAUCACAGAGAUCAGAGAUGAAUUUGUCCUCAUGUCCAGCUGUAACUCAUCUGAGAUAGAGGAUCAUGUGACGCAGGCAGCCAGUAGUGGUGAAGAUAAGAUGGAGGGAGGCGCGGCAGGUCGGGACUGGACCUCACAUCACACUGAACCAUCCGACAGGCGUCAGAGAGUGACGCGCUCUCACCACAGCAAGGCACCUGCUGCGGAUUCAUCUCCUCCUGUCGCCAUGGAGACCUACCGUCCCAAAAGACCAACCACUCUCAACCUGUUCCCAAAGAUUCCACGCACACAGGACACUUUAAACAACAACUCGCUGGCAAAGAAGUUCAGCUGGCAGGAGAAAAUCUGUCAGACUUCAUCACCGCUUAAAUCAGGUGAUCUGACCCCCUCGCGCGAGCACACGUGUCUCAGUGAUGACGAGAAGAUCCAACAGGCCAGCGGUACCGCUCGGACACAAAUGAAGGACUGCGGGACAUCGACAGACCAGCCGCCUGGCGACGGACCCUCCAAAGCCCCCCAACCCUGCAGAGCCGUGACCCGCAGAGAGAUGAGCACCUGCGAGCGGAUCCGUUAUCACACUGACGUGCGUCUGGAGCCGACCGAAGAGAUCUAUCUGACCCCUGUAACGUUACAGCGCUGCACCGAGGCCCCUGAGCCCGAGAGACCCUCUGUGCUCACACUCGUGCCCCUCAGUUCUGACAGCGAAGCCCCUCCGCCAUACAAGUCCCCUUUCCACGAGCAGAUCCUCUCAUCGUUCAAAGACCACGAGGACGAGCACCAACCGCCUCCUUAUGCCUCGUGUGUGGAGGCUUUGGCCGACCGCGGUGGAAAUGAGGUCACCGGAGCAGGAGACCUGUGUUACAGAGACUGCGGUGCAGGUGAGGCCCCUCACCAGAGUCUGUCGGGGCCCCUGAUGCAUUCUGGGAUACUGAGCAACUCGGACACGAGCGGACUGUCUUACGAUUCGGUGAAGUACACUCUGGUGGUGGACGAACACGAUCAGCUGGAGCUGGUCAGUCUGAGGGACUGCUACCAUGGAUACAGCGAUGACAGCGACGCGGCGACGGUCUACGACAACUGCGUUUCAUCUCCAUACGAGAGGGAUUAUGAGGAGGAUGACGAUGAUGACGACGACAGGGAAAUAAAUCGAGAUGGAGUUCAAGAUGAAGCUUCCACCUGCCCAUCAGAGAGCUCCACCCCUGACGGGCCGUUGUCUCGGAAGUUCGUCAACGUGUUCAUGAACGGCUGCUCGCGCUCAUCCAGUGCAGAAUCAUUCGGUCUGUUUUCCUGCGUGAUCAACGGUGAGGAACGAGUGCAAACACACAGAGCUGUUUACAGGUUUGUUCCCCGUCACAAAGAUGAGCUAGAGCUGGAUGUCAACGACCCUCUGCUGGUGUUGGUGGAGGAUGAAGAUUUCUGGUACGAGGGUUUUAACAUGAGAACAGGAGAGCGAGGAAUCUUUCCUGCAUAUUACGCCACCGAGGUCUUCAAAGAGCCCGAAGUCGCCUUAAAGACUGCAGGUUCUCAAUGGACGGAUGAGUUCAGACUGAAGUUUCUUGGAUCUGUUCAGGUGCUUCAUCACAAAGGCAAUGACGUUCUGUGUGCUGCCAUGCAGAAGAUUGCUGUGAACAGACGACUGACGCUUCAGUAUAAUCCACCAUCAUCCUGCAGUCUGGAGGUCAGCGUGAAAGGACUCAAGCUCACCACACACGAUCACUUUCAAAGUGGCUCUCAAUACAGUCACUUCUUCCAUCUGAAAAACAUCUCGUUCUGUGGGUAUCAUCCCAAAAACAGAAAGUAUUUUGGUUUCAUUACGAAACACCCGGCUGAUGAAAGAUUUGCGUGUCACGUGUUUGUGUCUGCAAACUCCACAAAACCUCUGGCACAAUCUGUCAGAAAAGCCUUCCACUCAUACUACAAAGAGUUUGUGGAGGUCUCGUGUCCAACAGAAGACAUCUAUCUGGAGUAAUGUUGACCUCCUGUCUUCAGUCAUGUGUACAGAACAACAAUAACACCACAUCAACAUGAGACAUAAAGUGUAUGAUGAAAGACUAACAAGACUGACAUUAAUAUGGACCAAGCGGAGAGAAAGUGAGACGACUGCUGAUUGUUUGUGAUGAAGCACACGAUUGAUGAUGUGUUGAGAUGUGUCAUAAUGAUGCGCGAAAGAAACAAACGCAAGAGUCACGGUGAAAAAUGAAAUUAUUUUCCUGGGUGUUGAUGAUUUUGGAUGUUUCAAGAGAAUAUUUUUAGUAGAUAUUUGCCGUCGCUUGCGUGUUAUGGCUCUGUGUGCACUUCGGGCUAAGAGAGAAACGCUUCUAUUUUUUCAUAGCACACAAACACAACCCGACCGUAAAAUACCCCACAUACUCAUUGACAUCUGUCUCUCGAUAUCAUGUGACGUUUGACAGAAUUACUGCCCAAAAUCUGCCUGUCAAGAGAAUCAUGAUUAUUCAGAUAAAAGGGCAAAAUUAUUUCUUGUAUACAUAAAUAUAUAUACAUAUGUAAUCUCUGAACAGAAAAUCUAAGUGUUAGGAUAGAUUAUCACAACACUACUAAAGGGAAAAGUCUUGUGUCAUUCAAUAAAAAGUAAAUAAAAUAUUUUCAGACAAUACGUCUGUUACAGUUUAUAAGAGUAUUAGUUUCUGUUCAUUAAUACAAUAGAAAUAUUGAUAAAACCCAGAGGUCCUGUGAGGUCUCAUUGAUGGUGAGAGAAGCGUUUCAUUCUUCACGUCUGUGUGAGAUCAACAGAUCUUGACACUUGCUUUUAUUGUUUUAAUAAACCCAUGAAGUAUUUCCGUCUUGUAAAUAAGUUUUGGGCUUCAUACAUGAAUAAAGCACAAGUUCUCGUGUGCGCUCAUGAAAUGCUUUUUUAAACGGUUAUUAUGUUUGUUUGCAAACAUCUUAAAAUACGUCAAAUAAAUAUAUUCAUUUA